GUUAUUACAUAAUAGAAGACAUGAAGAUAACCAGUGUCAGAUGCACAGCCAAACGAAAAACAAACACAUUCCUAAACUACUGAGACCACUUAACUUUUUCUAAAAACAGAGAUCUUAGAAAACUGACUUCUAAAACAACGAAAUGUUCCUGUACAUUUUGGGUCUCAUAGUCUUGUUCUAUGUCUAUCGGUGGUUCAGAGAACUGGGACGAGUUCCUAAUAAAUCGGACAAGUUUGUGUACAUCACAGGCUGUGACACAGGUUUUGGGAAUCUCCUGGCCAAACACCUGGACACAAAGGGUUUCCGAGUCAUCGCCGGCUGCUACACGGAGAAGGGAGAAGUUGAGCUGAAGAAGUGCUGCUCUGACAAACUCACAACGCUGCAUUUGGAUGUGAGUAAUGAUUCCAGCAUUAAAGAAGCCACAGACACUAUUAAAACCCUGGUGGGAGAGAAAGGUCUGUGGGCCGUGGUCAAUAAUGCUGGUAUCUCUUUCCCAACUGCUCCCAAUGACUGGCUGGAAAUUGACGACUUCAAACAUAUGAUCAAUGUCAAUCUGAUUGGGGUUGUUGCCAUCACUCUGAGCGUGUUACCUCUCAUUAAGAAAGCCAAAGGCAGAGUGGUCAAUGUGGCCAGUAUAUUCGGAAGGAUCAGUACUCUGGGAGGAGCGUACUGCAUUACUAAGUAUGGAGUAGAGGCUUUUAAUGACAGCCUUAGGAGGAACAUGGCACCAUUUGGAGUGAAGGUUUUAUGCAUUGAACCUGGAUUCUUCAAAACAACCGUUACUGACUCUGCCAUCUUUCAGAGUCAUUUUCAGAGAUUAUGGAACAAGUUGCCUCAGGAAGUCAAGGAUGAAUACGGCAGUGAUUACAUAGAAAAAACAAAGGUGAUGGUUAAGGAGAGGUUUGAGAAGAUGCUGGAUCCAGAUCUGAUGAAGGUGGUGAGCUGUAUGGAGCACGCGGUGGCUGCGGUCCAUCCUCGUACCAGAUAUUCUCCAGGAUGGGAUGCCAAGUUCUUCUGGCUGCCGCUUUCCUACAUGCCAACCUUCAUCUCAGAUGCUUUCAUCCGAAGAAAUGCUGUUAAACCAAAAGUUUCAAUUCUGUAGGCAUAAACAACCACUGCAUUCAUGCAGCAUAUGGACGGAAUAAACCUUUUUGUUUUCAAUUUCA